CACCUUUCGAAAUGAUCAUUGGUACGGAUUGGACUUGCAGUGGGUUUAAGUGGAAGAACCACGCCGAGAAUUCGGUGAAGGUUCAAGAGCGACUUUGCUGCAGUACCCGCAAUGACGUCAACUCCCUGUCACGAAUAUACCUUACAAUGCGAUAAGUAUCUGAUAUCCUAAUGCAUAUGCUGCUGAACAAACCCUUCGUGCCGCAGAAAUAAUCUCAAUAAUUCAUCAUCCAAACCCAUCUAGAUUACUGCUUCAUCGAGUCCAUCAACAUGGUCCAGAAAGUCUACCAACUGAAAUGCCAAUGCAACCAGUAUCCCUGGGGCAAGCAGGGUUCAAAUUCCCUCGCUGCCACACUCUGUUCCAAAACACCAGGCACUGACUUCAAGAUUGACGAAAAUACUCCUUACUCCGAGAUGUGGUUGGGAACCUAUCCCGAGCUACCCUCGUACGUUCUCGAGAGUGGUGAGGACCUGCAAGAUGUACUGGACAAGAAUGCAGAAGAGCUCGUCGGCAGGAAUACCAUCAAAAAGUUCAACCAUUCAAAGAUUCCUUAUCUUCCGAAGGUCCUGUCAAUAGCAAAGGCUCUCCCCCUGCAGCUACAUCCCAACAAGGAGCUAGCCUCCCAGCUUCAUCAGCGCAACCCUGACCAAUUCACGGACCCAAACCACAAGCCAGAAAUCGCACUGGCCUUAGGCGACUUCGAAGCGUUCUGCGGCUUCAAGCCUCUGGAAGAUAUCGAGCGCUUAAUGAAACUCGCGCCCCUCCAACCGUUCAUGCCGUCCGUCAAGAAGCCCAACUUUGACGACCAGACCCUGAAACACAUCGUCAAGGCCAUGCUCACAGCCUCCGAUGAAGCUAUCAAGAAGACCAACGAUGCUCUGCGCGGCCUCCCCAAAGAGCAAUUUGGCGAGGACUCCUACAUCCCGGAGCUAAUUCUUCGUCUCUCUAAGCAAUACGACAAGACUGAUAACGGUACCGUCGUCGCACUCAUCACAAUGAAUUACCUCAAGCUCAAAAAGGGCGACAGCAUUUACAUCCCUGCUGACGGCAUCCAUGCCUAUCUGUCCGGUGACAUCAUCGAGUGUAUGGCGCGCUCCAACAACGUCCUCAACACCGGAUUCUGUCCCCGCGCGGACCGCGACUCGGUGGACAUGUUUACCUCGUGCUUAACGUUCACGCCGCAUUCCCCGGAUGACUGCAUGCUUAAGCCAAAAACGUCGGAGCACUCGAAGAACGGAAAAACACAGGUCUACGCGCCGCCGCUGAGCGAGUUUAGCAUGCUAGCUACUGAGCUGAAGGAUGGCGAGGAGGAGAUGAUCAGUGCGAUUGGCGGCCCGUCCAUGUUCAUCGUGACUGAUGGCGAGGGAUCGUUCAAGGCGGACGGAAAAGAGCAUAAGCUUAGCCAGGGGUACACAUACUUUGUUGCGCACGAUGUCGAUAUGGAGUUCAAGGCUACCAAGGACCUGCAGAUCUACACUGCUUACGUGGAGUAA